AUGGCAAAGAAAGUGAUGGAAGUCUUGACACCAAUCGACCAUUCCACAGUGACAUACGAACCAUUUCGCAAAAGUUUCUACUCUGCUCACAGCGAAACUUGCGCUCUCAAGGCUCAAGAAGUGGCAAAUCUCCGCUCCGAGCUGGAUGUCCGUGUGGAUGGAGUCGACGUCCCUGCUCCCGUGAGGUCGUUCAUGCAUCUCGGCUUGGACCGCAAAAUGCUGCAAACACUUAUGAAACUGGGACUGGAGGCUCCGACGGCAAUUCAGACGCAAGCUUUUCCUGUGGCUCUCUCGGGUCGAGAUUUGAUUGGCAUUGCCAAGACGGGAUCGGGCAAAACGUUGGCCUUUACAUUGCCCAUGGUUCGUCACGUGAUGGACCAAAGAGAGUUGCAACGUGGCGAAGGACCCAUUGCACUUGUGUUGGCACCAACACGAGAGCUAGCACACCAGACUUAUGUACAAGCAAAGAAGUUCCUCGCAGUGUAUGGCGCUUCGUGUGCUGCAAUUUACGGUGGAGCUGGCAAAUGGGAACAAGUUCAGGCACUGAAAAAAGGUGUCGAAGUUGUCGUUGCCACACCUGGUCGACUGAUUGAGAUGAUAAGGAAGAAAGCGGCUCCGAUGAAUCGCGUGACUUUUGUGGUGCUAGAUGAGGCCGAUCGCAUGUUUGAAAUGGGUUUUGAGCCCCAAUUACGCUCCGUUAUGGGUCAAGUGCGUCCAGAUCGACAGAUUCUCAUGUUCUCGGCCACUUUUCGUCGACGGAUUGAAACGUUGGCGUUGGAUGUACUUACAAACCCAGUGAAGCUGACAGUUGGGCAAAUUGGACAAGCGAACGAAGAUAUUCGUCAGAUUGCUGUCGUGUUGCCUGGACAUGGAGCCAAGUGGCCAUGGUUGAUGUCGAAAAUACGCAGUCUAGUGGACGAAGGUCGCUUGCUUAUCUUCGCUGGUAGUAAAGCUGGUUGCGAGGAGCUAGCGAAGAAUUUGGCUGUUGCAUUCCCAGCUGCACCUGCGCUGUGUUUGCAUGGAGACAAGACGCAACAAGAGCGAGCGGAAGCGUUGACCAAGUUUAAACAUGGAGCAUGUCGCGUUCUGGUGGCUACGGAUGUGGCUGCGCGUGGACUUGACGUCAAAGAUGUGAAGAAUGUCGUGAACUUUGAUGUGGCCAAGAGUAUUGACACUCAUGUGCAUCGGAUCGGACGGACAGGACGUAUGGGACUGGAAGGUUUUGAGCCUGGGACGGCGUAUACUUUGGUGACACGCAACGAGUCGCAGUUCGCUGCUCAACUUGUGUACAAUAUGGACGUCUCUGGCCAAUCAGUAUCUGCGGAGUUACUGGCGCUUGCGAGAAAGGACUCGAGGUUCCAGCAAAGCUGA